CUCUCCUGCCGCCGAGCUGCGAACACCCCAAACAAUCCCCAGCGCCGCCGCCACCGCCAAAUUAAAUAAUCCGCCCGUUUCGCUCCCUUCAAACCCCCCCUCCCACAACGCCCCGCUCGAGGGCCCCCCCUUCUCGGCCUUCCUACUAGGCCCCACUUUCCACCCCCCCUCCCCCGCUGCGGGGGCCUUUGAAGGUAAGGGGUCGACCUGACCCGAGUUGUUUGGCCUUGGAAGUGAGAGCGAGGGAGGGAAAGCAGAGAGGAGAGAAGCGAACUGCAAUAAUUACUUGGAAGAGGAGAGCAAGCGAGAGAGAGGACGGGGGGGGGGGAAAGGCGCGCAGGGCCCGAGGAGCCCCGUCACCGCCAGUCCAGCCAGGCCUGCCGGGUGAGGUAUAGGCUACUGCAACAAGAGAAUAAAGUGAUAAACAAUUACUUUUGCAAACUACAGCUGCUUUUUGAAUGCAUUUUUAAUACAGUAGUGCUCCAGAAGAUGAUAAAGAAAUGAUAGCAGCUCAAGAAGCAACAACUAAUUUUGCUCUGCUUCAGGAAUCUGAAACACAUUUUUCUUCAGAUACUGACUUUGAAGAUAUUGAAGGAAAAAAUCAGAAACCAGGAAAAGGAAAGACCUGUAAAAAGGGGAAAAAAGGUACAGGAGAGAAGGGGAAAGUUGGAAACGGAGCAGGGAAACCUGGUGGUCCAAAUCGAAUGAAUGGGCAUCACCAGCAGAAUGGUGUGGAAAACAUGAUGCUGUUUGAAGUUGUUAAAAUGGGCAAGAGUGCUAUGCAGUCUGUGGUAGAUGACUGGAUAGAAUCCUACAAACAUGACAGGGAUAUAGCACUUCUUGAUCUCAUCAACUUCUUUAUUCAAUGUUCAGGCUGUAAAGGGGUUGUAACAGCAGAGAUGUUUCGACAUAUGCAAAACUCAGAAAUUAUUCGGAAAAUGACUGAAGAAUUUGAUGAGGAUAGUGGAGAUUAUCCACUUACCAUGGCUGGUCCUCAAUGGAAGAAAUUUAAGUCAAGCUUUUGUGAGUUUAUUGGAGUAUUGGUCCGGCAGUGUCAGUAUAGUAUCAUAUAUGAUGAAUAUAUGAUGGACACAGUCAUUUCACUACUUACAGGACUAUCAGACUCUCAAGUCAGGGCAUUUCGACAUACUAGCACACUGGCAGCUAUGAAACUGAUGACUGCAUUAGUGAAUGUGGCAUUAAAUCUGAGCAUUAACAUGGACAAUACACAACGACAGUAUGAAGCAGAACGAAAUAAAAUAAUUGUAAAACGAGCUAAUGAUAGACUGGAGCUCUUGCUACAAAAAAGGAAAGAGCUCCAAGAAAAUCAGGAUGAAAUAGAGAAUAUGAUGAAUGCAAUUUUUAAAGGUGUAUUUGUUCAUAGAUACAGGGAUGCAAUAGCUGAAAUAAGAGCAAUCUGUAUUGAAGAAAUUGGGAUUUGGAUGAAAAUGUAUAGUGAUGCCUUUCUCAAUGACAGCUAUUUAAAAUAUGUGGGAUGGACAAUGCAUGACAAGCAAGGGGAGGUAAGACUCAAAUGUCUUACAGCUUUGCAAGGGCUUUAUUAUAAUAAAGAACUGAAUUCCAAAUUGGAGCUCUUCACCAGUCGAUUCAAGGAUAGAAUUGUGUCUAUGACUCUAGACAAAGAAUAUGAUGUGGCAGUGCAAGCAAUAAAACUACUUACUCUUGUUUUACAGAGUAGUGAAGAAGUCCUGACUGCAGAAGACUGUGAAAAUGUCUACCACCUGGUUUACUCUGCCCAUCGUCCAGUAGCUGUAGCAGCAGGAGAAUUUCUUUAUAAAAAGCUUUUUAGUCGUAGAGACCCUGAAGAGGAUGGAAUUCUUAAAAGACGGGGGAGACAAGGUCCAAAUGCUAACCUUGUCAAGACUUUAGUAUUUUUCUUUUUGGAAAGUGAGUUACAUGAGCAUGCUGCUUACUUGGUGGACAGCAUGUGGGAUUGUGCCACUGACCUCUUGAAGGACUGGGAAUGUAUGAAUAGUCUUCUGUUGGAGGAGCCACUCAAUGGAGAAGAACCUUUAACAGACAAACAGGAAAGUGCACUAAUUGAAAUAAUGCUGUGUACAAUUAGACAAGCAGCUGAAUGUCAUCCGCCUGUAGGAAGAGGCUCAGGAAAGCGGGUACUUACGGCAAAGGAGAAAAAAGCACAGUUGGAUGACAGGACAAGGAUCACAGAACUUUUUGCUGUGGCACUCCCUCAGCUGUUAGCAAAAUAUUCUGUAGAUGCAGAGAAAGUCACCAACUUGUUACAGUUGCCACAAUAUUUUGAUUUGGAAAUCUACACAACAGGGAGAUUAGAAAAGCAUUUGGAUGCCUUAUUGCGACAGAUCCGGGAUAUUGUUGAAAAGCACACCGACACAGAUGUUUUGGAAGCUUGCUCUAAAACGUACCAUGCACUCUGUAAUGAAGAGUUCACAAUAUUUAACAGAGUGGACAUUGCAAGAAGUCAGCUAAUGGAUGAACUGGCUGACAAAUUCAAUAGACUUCUUGAAGAUUUUCUGCAAGAGGGUGAAGAGCCUGAUGAAGAUGACGCUUAUCAGGUCCUAUCAACAUUAAAGCGAAUCACUGCUUUUCAUAAUGCUCAUGAUCUGUCAAGAUGGGAUUUAUUUGGUUGUAACUACAAGUUAUUAAAAACAGGCAUUGAGAAUGGAGAUAUGCCUGAACAGAUUGUUAUUCAUGCUCUGCAGUGUACUCACUAUGUAAUCCUUUGGCAGCUAGCAAAAAUUACUGACAGCAGUUCUACAAAGGAGGAUCUUCUACGCUUAAAGAAACAGAUGAGGGUAUUUUGUCAAAUCUGCCAGCACUACCUUACCAACGUAAAUACUGCUGUUAAAGAACAGGCCUUUACAAUUUUGUGUGACGUAUUAAUGAUCUUCAGUCAUCAGAUUAUGUCAGGAGGUCGUGACAUCUUAGAGCCGCUAGUUUAUACUCCUGAUUCUUCAUUGCAAGCUGAAAUGUUGAGUUUUAUUCUCGAUCAUGUCUUCAUUGACCAGGAUGAUGAUAACAACAGUGCAGAUGGACAGCAGGACGAUGAAGCCAGUAAGAUUGAAGCUUUGCACAAAAGAAGAAAUUUGCUUGCAGCUUUUUGUAAACUUAUUGUAUAUACAGUGGUGGAAAUGAAUACUGCGGCAGAUAUUUUUAAGCAAUAUAUGAAGUAUUACAAUGAUUAUGGAGAUAUAAUCAAAGAAACAAUGAGUAAAACAAGGCAAAUAGAUAAAAUCCAGUGUGCAAAGACUCUGAUUCUCAGUUUACAACAGCUUUUCAAUGAGAUGAUUCAAGAAAAUGGGUAUAACUUUGACAGAUCAUCACCAACUUUCAGUGGCAUUAAGGAGUUAGCUCGACGUUUUGCUUUAACAUUUGGACUCGAUCAACUGAAAACAAGAGAAGCCAUUGCUAUGCUACACAAGGACGGCAUAGAGUUUGCUUUUAAAGAGCCUAACCCUCAAGGUGAGAGCCAUCCACCAUUAAAUCUGGCAUUUCUUGAUAUAUUGAGUGAAUUCUCAUCCAAACUUCUCAGGCAAGACAAAAAAACAGUGUACGUAUAUCUGGAGAAGUUCAUGACUUUUCAGAUGUCUCUCCGAAGAGAAGAUGUGUGGCUUCCACUCAUGUCUUACAGGAACUCUUUGCUAGCUGGAGGUGAUGACGAUACUAUGUCAGUCAUUAGUGGAAUCAGUAAUCGAGGGUCUACAGUAAGGAACAAAAAAACAAAACCAGCUACAGGGAAGCGGAAACUACCAGAAGCUGAGGAAAGCAGCAGUAGCGACAGCAUGUGGAUGAACAGGGAGCAGACAAUGCACACACCUGUCAUGAUGCAGACGCCGCAGCUCACUUCCACCAUCAUGAGGGAGCCCAAAAGAUUGCGGCCUGAAGAAAGCUACAUGGGUGUCUAUCCAAUGCAGCCUGAACACCACCAACCUCCACUUGAUUACAAUACGCAGGUAACAUGGAUGUUAGCUCAAAGGCAGCAGGAAGAAGUAGCGAGACAGCAGCAGGAGAGAGCAGCCAUGAACUACGUGAAGCUGAGAACCAACCUGCAGCAUGCCAUUCGACGUGGCACAAGUCUAAUGGAGGAUGACGAGGAGCCAAUUGUGGAAGAUGUGAUGAUGUCAUCAGAAGGGCGCAUUGAAGAUCUCAAUGAAGGCAUGGAUUUCGAUACCAUGGACAUAGAUUUACCACCAUCAAAGAACAGGAGAGAGAGAACAGAGCUAAAGCCAGAUUUCUUUGAUCCUGCUUCAAUCAUGGAUGAAUCUGUUCUUGGGGUAUCAAUGUUUUAAUUCCAGUACAACCGAUAACACCAUGCUGAAGUUGUUUUCUAAUGUGGAAGAGAUUUUUAAAAUAAAAAACAUGUGGUAGAUACAGCGAUAUUCUAAAUAAGAUUUUUUCUCUAAGGAGAAUGAUGUGCUUACAAGAUCCAGUACAUUUAAGAGGCAGUUUUGUUUGCCUGAAACAUAAAGGACAAGUAAACAACUUGAGGAUAAGCUACAGUUUCUGUUGGCAAACCAGUAUUUUAUUUAUGUAAUAUUAGUUUAUUUCCAAAUCAUAGUAAAUA